AUGACUAACGAUGAACAGGUCAGAAAUUAUAUCAAGGAGCAUGGCCCCCGGCAGCGGUCUGCAAGGGAGAACUGGAAGCGAAGCAGCUACAGUUGUGGCAGUGCCAGUGGAGUGAGCGGUGCCAGCGCCAGCAGCAGCAGCGCCAGCAUGGUCAGCUCAGCGAGCAGUAGCGGUUCCAGCAUUGGCAACUCUGGUUCAAACUCCAGCGCCAACAUGAGCCGGGCUCACAGCGACAGCAACUUAUCUGCAAGUGCUGCAGAGCGAAUCAGGGAUUCAAAAAAACGUUCUAAACAGCGCAAGCUUCAGCAAAAGGCUCUGCGCAAGAGACAACUGAAAGAGCAACGGCAGGCUCGAAAGGAGAGACUGAGUGGUUUGUUCCUUAAUGAAGAGGUUCUUUCUUUAAAAGUCACUGAGGACGACCAUGAAAGAGAUGUGGAUGUCUUGAUGUGACAGGAGUGAUUUUUUAUUUUAUUUUAAAUCAGUGUUCUUUCUAAGCCUUAAGCCUAUUAUAUUGUUUACAUAUACUUUUACCAAAAUUUUGAUUGGAGCGGGGGCUAGUUAGCCUGUGUCCCUCAUCUAUAGUUUAAAAGCAAAAAAAAGGCAUGUGAUAAGAGAUUAAGAGGAUACUUUAAAAAAAGAAAAAGAAACUAAGGCUAAUUUAUUUUGCUUUCAAAUAUCUGUGAGUACUUUACUGAAAAGUUUGCUUUUUGUUUGUAAUUCCGCCUUAACCAGAUAGAUAUAAUAGUUGUUCUUUGGGUAAGAGUAUUUCCCCUCUAGCUGCUUUUUGGCCUGAAUGGCUUAAUGUUAUUUUCUUUAAAAAACAAAACAAAAAACUGCAACUCCAUUAAUAGUUACUGGGUGACAUGUCCCAGUGGACGUGGCAGGAUUGCUUUUCCUUCUCCUUCCCCCCGUGCCCUCCCCAUCUGCUCUGAAGGAUCCCUCAGUUUUUGCAGAGCAGAUUUUGGGAAUGUUGGGGAGGGCUACAAGGGCAAGUCCUGUUUGCACAAGCAAGACACUACAGUUUGACGUCGCACAUUUUUGUUCCUACUGCAAUCAUAUCAAGGCUUUAAGGCUACACAAAAUCAUUUUUAGAUUUAUUGAAAUAAUUAUUAUUUAAUUUUUAUUUUGCCCUAUGCCCAUAGAACUCAGGGCGGUUCGCAACAUAAAAUUACAAUAAAAAAGGAAUACAUAAUAAAAACAGAAACAAAGAAACCCCAAUAAUCCUCCCAUGGCUUCAUUUACUGCAGGGACUGGGGAACCUUUUAAGCCAAAUGCACCCCAUGACUAACGUAUAUGUGGCCCACAAGGGACUAUUGAACCUGCGUUUCUGCUUGCCAGGGAA